UCCUGAUCUUCUGUUUACACAUUUCUCAUUCCCAUGUUUUUAAAUGAUGCUCUUCCCCUCCAUUUCCUCCUCAAACCUCACCCUCCACUACGUGUUUCUUUGUGUAUAAAUUCUCUAGAGAGAAUAUGGAUGCAAAUGAAAGCUAUAUUGACAUGGAAGUUGGUUCAUUAGCCACCAUUUUUUCACCUUCACACCGUAGAGAAUUUGAGUUCCAAAGCUUUUCGUGCUCCUCCGGCCGAGAUACCACCACUUCUCCAGCGGACGAGCUCUUUUAUAAAGGAAAACUCCUCCCCCUCCACCUCCCGCCUCGUCUCCAAAUGGUGGAGAAAAUUCUAGAGAAUAGUCAUUCCUCCACCACUUUUGAUCCAUUACAAGAAUCUUUAUUCAGCACUCCAUUAUUCACUCCUGCAUCCAAUACUCCGUUUGCAUCGUGCAAUAUUUCUCCCACUGAUUCUUGCCAAGUUAGCCGAGAGCUGAACCCGGAACUGUAUUUUCUUGAGUACUCGGCGGAUCAAUCGAGCACUUAUGUUUUCGAGGAAGAACCGGCCAGUUCAAACACGAACAAAUCUUGGACAAAACCUCUAAAACUUAUAAAGCAAUCCACACUUGGAUCCAAACUCAAAGCUUCCCGGGCUUACCUCAAAUCUUUGUUCACCAAAUCUAGUUGCUCAGUUGAGUCCUCAAGAAAUAUUGUUUAUGAAGGAUCAAUUUCAAAUGCCAAAGAAUGUGCACUUCAACAUUCCAGGACCUCUAAAAAUGUCCCAUUUGGGCAAAUUCAAACAAAAUGUCACAGAAGGUCAUUUUCGGGAGCCAUAAAGAGAGUAUCAAAGGCUAAAUCUUCAUCAUCUAAUUCUUCAAAUUCGGGUUCAAGUUCAACAGAUUCCAAUGGAUUUCAGGAGAUGAAGAUUUUGAAGGGAAAUAUAAGUGGAAAAUCAGAACUGGAGAAUUCAAUUCAGGCAGCCAUUGCACAUUGUAAAAGGUCUCAUCAGCAAGAAAUAUGUUCAAGAAAGACUGUUAGUGAUCUUGGGUUUUGUUCAAUGUCUGCUUCAAAAGUGAUCUAUGAUGAUCAAGAAAGACCAGAGCUUUGCAGGGGUUGAUGAAGUCGACGAUCAUUUAUUUGGUAGGGAGGAUUAAAUGACAGUGGAUAGUACAUGCAGUCACUACUGAGUACCAAACAUGCACGGAGUUUAUUUUGCACUCUUUUUUGCCAAAUGUGUAAUGAGCAUAGUAAAAACUCCGGAAUAAUUGUGCUGAAAAUGUGUGAAAAUUACGAGUUAAAGAGAAAUAUUAGGAAGUACCAUGUUCAUGUAGUUGAUUUCAAUUUAUUUAAAUUAAGAACUAGGUUGUUUGUUGAUA